AUGGCUUCCAAGGAUGAUAUCGACCGUCGAGAUGAGGACGAGGUCUGUCCCGUCUGCAAAUCCUCUCGAUAUCUCAACCCGAACAUGCGGUUCCUCAUCAAUCCAGAAUGUUACCACAAGAUGUGCGAGUCCUGCGUGGAGCGAAUAUUCUCCUCCGGUCCCUCGAACUGCCCAGUAGCUGGCUGUCGGAAGACGCUGCGCAAGCAACGAUUCCGGGCACAGACAUUCGAGGACAUCGGGGUAGAGAGGGAAGUGGAUAUCCGGCGACGAGUGAUGCACAUUCUAAACCGCCGUGAAGAAGAAUUCGACUCUAAACGUGCUUACGAUGACUUCCUCGAACAACGCGAAGAUAUGAUCGCCAACCUAGUCUCCCGCAUUGAUGUCUCCAGAACAGAAGCCCAACUCCAGAAGUACGCAUCCGAGAACAUGCAGUCCAUCCGCACAAACCAAGCACUGGAGGAACAAGAGGCAUCCUCCUUCCAAGCCCGCAUGACGCAAGAACAAGAAGAAGCGCGCCUCCGUCGCCAACUAGCCCGCGAACAACUCGAAAACGAGCGCCGCGAGAUACAAGCAAGCCGCGAGGAUAUGCUAAACAGAUUAGCUUCGGGAUCAAGUGCUGAUGCCGCGGCUAUCGCUCGUGAGGGUCACAAGGUGAUGUUGAAGAAGUCGUCAGCGAGACGAAGUGAGGAGGAUCGAAUCCGACAGAAGCAGGCUGCCCUGCGGAGCGAGAUGAAGCGUGGAUCUGGUGCUGGUGAAGUGGGAGGUCCGUCUGACUCGGGUCUUAUUAAGGGUCUGCGGAGGAUUAAGACGCCUGAGCCGGAGAAGCCUUAUGAUCCGUUUAUGGGGUACGUUCCGGAGAAGAGGGAUUACUAUACCUUACAGCCGUUCUAUCCGUCUACAUAUCUCGAUCGGAUCAGGAAUGAUACGCGCAUGGCGGCUGGUGGCUAUGAUCUGCGGGAGUACUACUCACGUACCAUGUUAGAGGCUUUUGCAGGGUUGGGAUGCUUUGUUGGGGAAGAGGUUUCGCGGCGAGAUGCUGGAGUUGAUGUGAAGCCUGCUGCGACAGCUGGUGCUGCAAUGGCAGCAGGUGGCAAUUAG